AUGGUGGAUUCCUCCACGCCAAGUGCAAGCAAACGGCACGCCAUGGCGCCGGCCCCUUGGUCCGACCUCCACAGCGAGCUCCUCGUGUCCAUUGCCGCCACCGACGGCGUGUCUCUGAGAGACUACGCAUCCCUCCGCGCCGUAUGCACCACGUGGCGCGCCGCCCUGGCGCCACUGUCGUACCCGUCCCUUCUCUCCCUCGUCCAGGGUCGCCGCAGCCACAGCGCCUCCGUUUUUUCGCUCCCGAUGCGGCGCACCUUCCACCUCCACACGGGGUCCUCCGCUAUCGUCGACCCCGAAUGCAAUUUCUAUGGCCGUGCCCAUGCUCGACUCGUCGGCUCAGGCAACGGCCGCUUCGCCAUCGCCAUCGACGCGCGGGGCACCCGGAGCACGACGCUAAGGAUCAUCCUUGUCGAUCCUCGCGCCGGCAACAUGGUGCAGCUCGGAUCUCCGGCAGGGGGCAAGGCAUCCGUAUGCAAGAUCGUGUUUGCUUCAAACAAGAGCCUGAACCCACGCAACCACAACGACAACUGGAGAGCCGUGGCUCUGUACGACCACAACAGCAGGGUAGCGUACAUCGAUACCGGCGGCGGCGGCAGCACUGAAGACAAGAAGUGGACGACCGUCAAUGUCGCUGAUGGGAAUUGCUACGACGACAUGGCCUUCAACGCCGAAGGGGACAGGGCGUAUUUUCUCAGUUCAUGUGGCAACGUGUACGUCCUCCUCAUGCCACGCGGCGGCCGGCCGGCGGCCGUAAUCGAGCCCUUGGCGACCCUCAUGCAUGACCCCAACCCAACCACCGCCUACGCCGCGCCCUACGACGUUGUGUCCCCAAAGAUGGUCACCAAGCACAUCUUCCUCCGCCAAGGCAGCCUGUACCAGGUGUGGAAGAACACCAAUGCCAACGUCAACAUGGGCAGCGGCUACUUCAGGAUGUCUGCCGACGAGAUUUUCGUCCUCAGGUACGACACGGAACGCUGGCCAUGCUGGGACGUGGUGAAGGAUCUAGGAGGCUGCUCUGUGUUCCUCGGCAAGAGCAGCAGCCCGGUCGUGGUGCAACCCGUUGUCCCAGAGGUGAGAGCUGAUUGCGUGUACUGGAUAGACUGGCUGGGCGUUCCGAUGGUGUGUGAUAUAGCUACCGGGGCCUCCAAGCCAUGGGUGCUUCCUAAUUGCAUGUGCAGAGGUGACUGUUGGUACUUCGGUCAUGACGACACGACGAGCAUUGAUGUUUGA